UUUCCCACCACUGCCAGUCGCCAGCAAAGCCAUAUGCUCACUUAUCUCUCUCCUGUUUCUAGUUCAGCUCUAUUUUUUUUUUCGUUUUUCUGUAAUCUCGUGAUACCUUACAAAACCACACUGUCUCCUUCCGAUUUUUCAUUUUUUCUUUUAUGGGUUCUCACCGGAAAAUCGUACUUGGGUCUCACCGGCCGCCGAGAAAAACAAAGCAAAUAUAGAGUGAAACCCGACUAUUUUUCCUCAUUUCUUUCUUGUGUUCCAUUUUUUCAAGUGAAAUCCCAAAAUGGUUGUAAAUUUUAGCUUUGUUUUUUUAGUUUCGGUCCUGAUAUUGUGUUUGGGAGUGACCUCAGAGCCAGUUCAAGACAAGCAAGCUCUCCUUGCGUUCCUUUCAAAGACCAAACACUCGAACCGGAUCCAAUGGAACUCAUCAACUUCAGCCUGCAAUUGGGUCGGCGUCCAAUGCGAUGCGAACCGCUCUUUUGUUUAUACUCUUAGGCUCCCAGCUGUGGGUCUCGUUGGCUCGAUUCCGCCUAACACCAUCGGUCGGUUAAACCAACUCCGAGUUUUGAGUCUCCGAGCUAACGGUUUAUUCGGUGAGAUCCCUGCCGACUUCUCCAAUUUGACUCUCCUCCGUAGCCUUUAUUUGCAAGAUAACGCCUUCACAGGCCCGUUCCCACCCAGUUUGACCGGUUUAACUCGUUUGUCACGGCUUGAUCUUUCUUCCAAUAAUUUCACGGGUCCAAUCCCUUUUGGGGUCAACAAUUUGACUCAGCUGACAGGGUUAUUCUUGCAAAACAACAGAUUUUCCGGUUCUCUUCCGAGCAUCAACUCCGACGGUUUGAAUGAGUUCGAUGUUGCUAAUAACAGCUUAAACGGUUCCAUUCCCGAUACGCUAUCUAAAUACGAUGCGUCUUCAUUCGCCGGAAACCUUGGCCUUUGCGGUGGCCCACUCCCGCCUUGUAACCCAUUUUUCCCUUCGCCGGCACCAUCUCCUUCCGAGCCCAUUUCGCCCUCAACAUCUGGUAAAAAGUCUAGAAACCUUUCCACCGGCGCCAUCAUUGGUAUUGCCGUGGGGUCGGCAUUCGCAGCGUUACUAUUACUGUUAUUCCUCAUUCUUUGCCUCCGGAAGCGGCAACGGCAGCCGUCGAAGCAGCAGAAGCCGGUUGCGGCCGGCGCAAGGGCGGUUCCGCCGGCGGAGGCGGGAACCUCCUCGUCGAAAGAUGAUAUCACCGGAGCAUCAACAGAAGGGGAAAGGAAUAAGCUGGUGUUCUUCGAAGGUGGCGUUUAUAGCUUCGAUCUGGAGGAUUUGUUAAGGGCUUCAGCUGAAGUAUUGGGAAAAGGUAGUGUCGGAACAUCGUACAAGGCGGUGCUAGAAGAAGGGACGACGGUGGUCGUUAAACGGUUAAAAGACGUUGCCGUGAGUAAAAAGGAGUUCGAAAUGCACAUGGAAACGUUGGGCAAAAUCAGGCAUGAAAACGUGGUUCCUUUAAGAGCAUUUUAUUACUCCAAAGAUGAAAAAUUGCUCGUUUCCGACUUCAUGCGCGACGGUAGCUUGUCUGCCCUGCUUCACGGUAGUAGAGGCUCAGGCCGAACUCCGUUAGGUUGGGACAACAGGAUGAGAAUAGCGUUGAGCACGGCUAGGGGUUUAGCCCAUCUCCAUGUUUCCGGGAAGGUGGUGCACGGCAACAUUAAGGCCUCCAACGUCCUUCUCCGAUCAGACCAAGAUGCUUGCAUCUCUGACUUCGGUCUCAAUCCUUUGUUCGGCAACUCCACCCCACCUAGUCGUGUUGCAGGCUACCGAGCACCUGAAGUGCUUGAAACCCGAAAAGUUACUUUCAAGUCUGAUGUGUAUAGCUUUGGAGUGUUGUUGCUAGAGUUAUUAACCGGCAAAGCACCUAAUCAAGCAUCGUUAGGCGAAGAAGGGAUCGAUCUUCCUCGUUGGGUCCAAUCCGUGGUUCGGGAAGAAUGGACGGCCGAAGUUUUCGACGUGGAAUUGAUGAGAUAUCACAGCAUCGAAGAGGAAAUGGUGCAACUAUUACAAAUCGCGAUGACUUGUGUGUCAACGGUGCCAGAUCAAAGACCCUCCAUGCAAGAAGUGGUACGCAUGAUUGAAGAAAUGAAUAGAGUGGAAACAGACGACGGAUUACGACAAUCAUCUGAUGAUCCUUCGAAAGGAUCAGACGGACAAACUCCUCCCACAGAAUCAAGGACCACACCUCGCUCCACCACUCCUUGAGCGUGCGUGAUAUCAACAACGAAAGGAAAAGAAAAAGUGAAUCGAAAAAGUGAAAGGAGAGUGUGUGUGGGGAUGGGAGUGUUAAAGUGUGCACAAAGCGUAAGUAAAAGAAAGAUAAAGUGCGCAUUUGAUUGGGGGAAGUAAUUAAUGUUUGCCCCUAAAUUUGUGUCUUUUUUUUUUUUUGCUAUUUUUUUUAAAAUUUCGUUAUCCUGGGGUUUAUUCUUUUCCUUAAUUUUUAAUUUGCAAUUAUUUUAAUAGAUGGAGUUGAGAAAAGGGAGGGGGGAAUUUGAAAUGUUUUUGAAAGAUGGGGGAGUUCCAUGAACUUAUUGGAAUUUGACCAUUUGAUGAAUUAGAUGAUUUUCUUUUUCUUUCUCCUAA